UUUUAGCGGUAUCUGCCAAAUAAAAGAUCUUCUUUCUUAAGCUUUAACCAGAUAUCGUUAGGAAUCACGAAGAAAUAACGUGUUAAGACUUUUCAGAUAUGGCCGACGAACCAAAGAAACUAACAUAUGAAACCUAUCUUGGUUUGGAUAAGUUGCUGAAAUGUCAGGAACUAGAGAGCGAAAAGGAAGGAAACCGGGUUGCCGAGGAACACCUCUUCAUCAUCGUUCAUCAAGGAUUUGAGAUAUGGUUCAAACAAAUACUCGAAGAUUUUAAAGGCGUCAUAGACAUAUUGAAAGAGCCUAAAAUCGAAGAACGAACACAUUUGUCUGGAAUCACCACAAAAUUAGGACGAUGCAUUUUAAUUUUAAAGGUAAUUAUUCAGCAUUUCGAAAUUAUUGAGACUAUGCCACCUGCAGUUUUUCUGAAUUUUAGAAAAUAUUUGAAGAGCGGAUCAGGAUUUCAAAGUCUACAGUUUCGCCAGAUUGAAAAUACUCUCGGUCUUAGACCAGAGACACGAGAGCAGGAUCAACCAGGAAAGGAUUACAAAGAUGCUCUCAAUACAGAACAAAGCAAGGUAGCAAAAGCUUCAGAAAAGGGGGAUACCUUAUUUUCAGUUUCAGAGACAUGGCUAAAAAAUAUAUUUGGUACCUAUGUCAGAGAUCGGGCUCAGUAUUCUAAAGUGCUGAGUGACAUGGUGAAAACAUGGGCUGAGGAUACCACAAUAGAGGAGCAUCAUAGGGGAGAUAAGGAAGCAUUUGAUAAGAUUCUGAAAGAAGAUACCUAUAAAACAAUACCAGAUAGAAGACUUGCUUUCGAGGCUUUCCAUGGAGCUUUGUUGAUUUCACUUUACCAAGACGAACCGGAAUUCCAAAGCGCAUACCAUACAAUAAAGCUUCUUAUGGAUAUAGACUCUUUAAUCUCAAAAUGGCGCCAUACGCAUGUUCUCAUGGUCCAUCGUAUGCUUGGAAAGAAAACUGGAACAGGGGGGUCUUCGGGAUACGACUACUUAAAAAAGACUAAUCAAGAUAAAUACAGAGUGUUCAUGGAAUUUUUCAAUAUGGGUGCAUAUCUCAUCCCGGAAGAAUACAAGAAAGGGAAAAAACCGUAUUCUGUUCCUGAAAGUGUAGGAGGCAUCUGAAAGACAUGUGGUGAAAUUACUAGAGUAUGAAAAACUUUGGUUAGAGAGAUAAGAAUGGGAAUUAUUCAUGAUAA